AAUAAGACACUUGUAAUAAUAAUUGAAAAUAUAUCUUAAGUUGUACGUGAUAACCUUAUAUAUAAACAGAUUUAUAUUAACAUUACAAUGGGUGAUGUGUCAGAUUUAUUGGAUUUGCUGCCAGUUUAUUAUUCAAGAUUAUUCCCAUUUGCUGAUUAUCACAGAUGGCUAAGUUAUGGGAAUGCGGCAACAUUUAGCAAGAGAGAAUUCUCCUUCACACUUUCCGAUGAUAUUUAUAUACGUUACCAGUCUUUCCACGAUCAAAAGGGACUGUCGGAUGAAAUUAAGAGAUUACUGCCACAUAAAAUUGAUAUUGGAGCAGUUUAUAAUGCCCAACCAAAAGAUCAGAGGAGAGGUCCCAAUUUUCAGCCAGUAGAGAGAGAAUUAGUAUUCGACAUAGAUAUGACUGAUUAUGACGAAGUAAGAACAUGCUGUAAAGGAGCUGAUAUUUGUAACAAAUGUUGGAAAUUCAUGUCACUUGCUUGCAAGAUAUUGGAUAGCGCAUUGAGGUUGGACUUUGGAUAUAAACAUAUUUUGUGGGUCUUCUCUGGCAGAAGAGGCAUUCAUUGUUGGGUAUGUGACUCCGCAGCUCGCACUUUGUCAGGACAAGUACGAGCAGCAGUUGCCGAAUAUUUGCAAGUUAUAGGCGGAGGAGAAUUUAUGAAAAAGAAAGUACAUCUUACAGGCGAUAAAAUUCACCAUUCUAUUAAACGUGCUCUUGAUAUAAUUGAUCCCAUCUUUGUCGAAAUGUGCGUUAAAGAGCAGAACAUGUUGGGUACGGAGGAAGGAAUCGAGAAGUUUCUCCCAAUAUUGCCUAACGAGGAAGACAAACAAGAAAUGAAAGCCUUGUUCAACAAAGAAAGUACCAGUGAAGCAAGAUGGCACGCAUUCGUACAAUAUAUCGAGUCUAAACGAACAGAGGGAGACCGAAAGUGGUACUUGUAUCGUCACUUAAUAGAGGAAGUAAAAUUGCAGUACUCAUAUCCAAGAUUGGACAUAAAUGUGAGCAAAGGCUUAAAUCACCUGUUAAAGUCUCCUUUCUGCGUCCAUCCGAAAACUGGCAAAAUCUGCAUACCGUUCAAUGCGAACGUGGUGGACAAAUUUGAUCCUGACAAGGUUCCUACAAUAAUGACGUUAAUAGAGGAGAUCAACGCAUACGACGUACGGGAUAAAGCUGAGGAAGAAACGUACGAGUUAAAUAAAAAACGAAUAAAAGAUUACAAGAAGACAAGUUUAAAUAAAUCACUGCACGUUUUUCAAGAAUUCUUGCGACAUUUGGAAGCCGAGAGGCGAGAGGAGAGAUUAAAAGGGAAACUUUCAGUCGAUAGCAUGGAAUUUUAGGAGAUCUCUCUCUCUCUCUUUUCCCUCCCUCUUCGCUCUUUCUUUCCAUCAUAAAUACAUUUGAUAUAAUAAUAUAUUAUUUAUAAGAGAUAAAAUAUACAAUUAAAAUAUACUUUUGUAAAAAUGAAAAAAAAAGAACAUCUAUCUUCGAGUUUUGCUUUCGCUUUUAUAUAUAUAGUCUCUCGUUAAGUUAUUACUAACAAAAGUAGGGCUGAUAGAAGAGCAAAGAGGGACACAUCACUUGGGAUCUUGAUAGCGAUCGAGCAAAAAUCGUGACUUUCGAAUUUUUCCAGCGAAACCGAAACACACGCUCUUAAAAAUCGCUUUGAGAGGCGCGUUAACGAGAUCUCUCCGAUUGUGAAGCGUCUCUACUCCACUUUUUGACUUGACGAGAUGAGAGGUUCCGGACAUGCGGACAAAAGUAACUCGCUCUUUCUUGUGAAUUAUCGUGAGAUUCCUUUGCCGGCGAUGUUACGUUCCCGUUAAAUCGGAUGUACGAGUUGUAUUAACCAGUAAAUAUAAGAGAGUGGAAUUAAUUGCUUUGACGUUUUUUCGAUUCUCGCGAAGGCCGUGUCAUUUUUCGAUCGUGUCGAGAUUGUGUGCCAUUUGUUUCUGUCGUUUUAAUACGAAAAUCGUUAAAAAAGAACGGAAUAGAGCGAGAUCUCUAUUCAUUCGUCAC